AUUCCCCCCGCCCGGCCCGCGCACUUCUCGAGCCAACUUCCCCUCCCACGCCGCCACCGUCGCCCUCCGCAAGCCGCGUGCGUGACCCUCCCAUUCCGGUCGCCGUUCUCUUAGCCACUAGCCUGCUUAAAACCUAACCCUAGCGCACCAAACGAAGCAAGCAACCACCCAUGGACACGCCCGUGCCGAAACGGCCUCGCCUCGUGCCAGCACCGGCACCGGCGCCUCGGACAAUCGCCGACAUGGCCCCGGAGAUCCUCCUCCGCCUCCCUCCAGACGACCCCCCGCGCCUUGUGCGCGCCUCCCUUGUCUGCUGGCGCUGGCGCCGCCUCCUCACCGACCCGGCGUACCUCCGCCGCUACCGCGCAUUCCAUCGAACACCUCCCAUGCUCGGCUUCGUCCUCAACCUGAAACAGCACUACCAAGGCAUGGCCCAGCUCGUCCCCACCUCCUCCUUCCGCCCCGCUGCCUCCGACCGCCCCGGCCUGAAUGUGCUGGACGCCCGCCACGGCCGCGUGCUCCUCCACACCGCUCAGGGCCAGCGCCUCGUCGUCUGGGACCCCGUCACGGGUGAAGAGUGCAAGAUCCCCCGCGUGCCGUCCUACGCGCUCGGCUUCAACGCGGCCGUGCUCUGCGCCGCGGUCGGCUGCGACCACCUCGACUGUCAUGGCGGACCCUUCCGUGUCGCCUUCGUGGGAUGCGGCGAACGCGGCAUCACGUUCGCCUGCACCUACUCGUCGGAGGCCGGUGCCUGGAGCCAGCGAAUUGAGAUCGAGCAGCCGGCGUUUGUUGACGGGCGACCGAGCGUCCUUGUGGGGAACACGCUCUACUUCACCUGCGACCCGUACCUCAGUUUCAAAAUGUUGGGGUACAACAUCGUCACGCAGGAACUCUCGGUGAUCUGGCCGCCGUCCCAGCAUGAGUACUACUCUUGCACUGUCCUCGUGAAAGCGGAUGAUGGCAAGCUGGGGUUCGCCGGCGUGCAGAAUGGCACGCUCUACCUGUGGUCGAUGAAGGACGGCGCCGACGGAUAUGUGGAAUGGGUGCAGCGCAGAGUUAUCCAGCACAAGACGAUGCUCCGUACUCGUGGCCUCUCGACGCCACCUGAGGUCGUUGGCUUCGCGGAUGGUCACGGAUUCAUUUUCGUGAGGACAGGCAACACGGUGUUCUCCAUGGAUCUCAAGUCAGGCCAUGUCCGUAAAGUAUACACCUGCAGGUCAAGAAACUACGACGUCAUCGUUGUUCCCUACAUGAGCUUCUGCACUCCAGAUCGUGCUAUGGGCAGACUGCCAUCGCCACGAGGACCCACUGUCAUCCUGUAACAAGGACUUGCUGCUCUUGGCUUGUUGCAUAGAUGACGCUCAAAGUAUUUUGCUUUCAAGGUGGACUGUUUAAGUAGUUACCAUGGUCAAUGUUGGUAUGUUUAGUUUACAGUGUGGCAGUUGAAACAAGGAAAAAAGUAAUAUGUAAUCACGGUCAGUUUAGUAUGUUCUCUUUGCAGUUGUGAAGCUUAAGCAAGACUGAUGGUUAAUUAGUAUUUAGUAUUGUAUCUUUGAGUGUCUGGAUUGUGGCAACCAGUAUGAUCUAUGUAGCAGAUUUACAUUCUGGUUUUCUUA